AUCAGACGUCUCAUGAACACUCAUACUAAUAUCAAACAGUUCUAAAUUUUUAGCAGGCAGGGAACUAGAUAGCAACGGUUUGGUUCCAUGUCCGUUCUACAGAUUUAUUAGUAGCAAAGUGAAGUGAAGUUUUAGUAGUGAGUCUAGUGAAUGCGCAUUAUUAUCUCUCUUAAUCAACUUUUUUAAAUUUAUAUUGGCUUCAUCUAAAAUUGCUAGUUCAUCUGGUAUUGAGUGAAGGACGAGCAUACAAUAAAAAUAUUUUUGCUUUGGUAGUUGCUGUGAAGUGUUUAUAAAAAUAUUCAGGAAAUUUAGCCAGACAACAGUUUUUUCGGAAAGUAAUGGCGAAGAAAACGUAUGAUCUUCUAUUCAAACUUCUGUUGAUCGGCGAUAGUGGUGUCGGCAAGACUUGUAUAUUAUUCCGCUUUUCGGACGACGCGUUCUCCACGACAUUUAUUUCUACCAUAGGAAUUGAUUUUAAAAUUAAAACUGUGGAAUUGAGAGGAAAAAAAAUUAAACUUCAAAUAUGGGAUACAGCAGGACAAGAGAGAUUUCAUACUAUUACAACGUCUUAUUACAGAGGUGCAAUGGGCAUAAUGCUAGUGUAUGAUAUAACAAACGAAAAGACAUUUGAAAAUAUAGUGAAUUGGUUAAGAAAUAUUGAUGAGCAUGCAAAUGAAAAUGUGGAGAAAAUGAUUUUAGGCAAUAAAAGUGAUAUGGAAGACAGACGUGAAGUCAAAACUGAAAAAGGUGCAGCAAUAGCGCGAGAACACGGGAUUAGAUUCAUGGAGACAUCGGCAAAGUCCAACAUUAAUAUUGACCUUGCCUUUCGGGAACUAGCAGAGGCUAUUCUUGAUAAGACCCAUGGCAAGGAACCGCAAGAUGCACUAGAUCGCGUGACAGUUGACCGAAGAGUCGAGCGAACUUCGAGCCGGUGUUGUUGAAUCAUCGAAUAUAAAUUAUCCUUUCAUUUGUUAAAAAUACGUUAAUUUCACACGUAUAGAUUUCAUUUUUA